AUGGCCGACCUCCGCUCGGCAUGCUCACGAGCGUGGCGUUCAUGGGCGCUCGAUAUAACGAAUCAUUUGCAUGACAAUUCCUUUGUGGCUUUAUGGAAACUCAUCUGUAGCGACGUCAUCAGGUCACGUGACUCCAUAGCAGACGUGACUGACGACAUCAUAGCAGAGGUGUGUCAUCACCACAUCAUGGACGACAUCAUAGCAGAGGUGUGUCAUCACGACAUCAUGGAUGACAUCAUAGCAGAGGUGUGUCAUCACCACAUCAUGGAUGACAUCAUAGCAGAGGUGUGUCAUCACAACAUCAUGGAUGACAUCAUAGCAGAGGUGUGUCAUCACCACAUCAUGGAUGACAUCAUAGCAGAGGUGUGUCAUCACGACAUCAUGGAUGACAUCAUAGCAGAGGUGUGUCAUCACCACAUCAUGGAUGACAUCAUAGCAGAGGUGUGUCAUCACGACAUCAUGGAUGACAUCAUAGCAGAGGUGUGUCAUCACCACAUCAUGGACGACAUCAUAGCAGAGGUGUGUCAUCACGACAUCAUGGAUGACAUCAUAGCAGAGGUGUGUCAUCACCACAUCAUGGAUGACAUCAUAGCAGAGGUGUGUCAUCACAACAUCAUGGAUGACAUCAUAGCAGAGGUGUGUCAUCACCACAUCAUGGAUGACAUCAUAGCAGAGGUGUGUCAUCACCACAUGGAUGACAUCAUAGCAGAGGUGUGUCAUCACAACAUCAUGGAUGACAUCAUAGCAGAGGUGUGUCAUCACCACAUCAUGGAUGACAUCAUAGCAGAGGUGUGUCAUCACCACAUGGAUGACAUCAUAGCAGAGGUGUGUCAUCACCACAUCAUGGAUGACAUCAUAGCAGAGGUGUGUCAUCACCACAUCAUGGAUGACAUCAUAGCAGAGGUGUGUCAUCACGACAUCAUGGAUGACACCAUAGGUGACACUAUAGAUGACAUCAUUGGUAACAGCGUAGAAGACAUCAAAGGUGACACUAUAGACGACAUCAUGGAUGACACUAUAGGUGACGAUAUGGAUGACAUCAUUGGUAACAGCAUAGGUGACAUCUUGGUGCCACUUCAGAUGACAUCAUAGGAGAGACUACAGGUGACAUCAUAGGUGACAUAGCUGACAUCACAGGUGACAUCAUAGGUACAAUACAGGUGACACAUACGUGACAUAAUAGGUGACACUACAAGUGACAUCGUAGGUGCCACUACAGGUGACACGUAGGUGACACUACAAGUGACAUGUAAGUAACACUACAGGUGACAUCAUAGGUGACAUGUAGGAGACAUCAUAGGUGACACGUAGGUGACAUCAUAGGUGACAUUGCAAGUGAUAUGUAGGCAACAUUGUAGGUGCCACUACAGGUGACACGUAGGUGACAUCAUAGGUGGCAUUACAGGUAACACGUAGGUGACAUCAUAGGUGGCAAUACAGGUAACACGUAGGUGACAUCAUAGGUGCCACUACAGGUGACACGUAGGUGACAUCAUAGGUGCCACUACAGUUGACAUCUAGGUGGCACUACAGGUGACACGUAGGUGACAUCAUAGGUGUCACACAGGCGAUAUGUAGGUGACAUCAUAGGUGACACACAGGUGACACGUAAGUGACGUCAGAGGUGACGCUUAGGUAACAUGUAGGUGACAUCAUAGGUGGCACUACAGGUGACAUGUAGGUGACAUCAUAGGUGCCACAACAGGUGACAUCUAAGUGGCACUACAGGUGACACGUAGGUGACAUCAUAGGUGACACGUAGGUGACAUCAUAGGUGACAUGUAGGUGACAUCAUAGGUGGCACUACAGGUGACAUGUAGGUGACAUCAUAGGUGCCACUACAGGUGACAUCUAAGUGGCACUACAGGUGACACGUAGGUGACAUCAUAGGUGACACACAGGUGACACGUAGGUGACAUCAUAGGUGACAUGUAGGUGACAUCAUAGGUGACAUCACAGGUGACACGUAAGUGACGUCAUGGGUGACAUCACAGGUGACACAUAGGUGACGUCAUAGGUGACAUCAUAGGUGACACACAGGUGACACGUAGGUGACAUCAUGGGUGACACGUAGGUGACACGUAGGUGACAUCAUAGGUGGCAAUACAGGUAACACGUAGGUGACAUCAUAGGUGCCACUACAGGUGACACGUAGGUGACAUCAUAGGUGCCACUACAGUUGACAUCUAGGUGGCACUACAGGUGACACGUAGGUGACAUCAUAGGUGCCACACAGGCGAUAUGUAGGUGACAUCAUAGGUGGCACACAGGUGACACGUAAGUGACGUCAGAGGUGACGCUUAGGUGACAUGUAGGUGACAUCAUAGGUGGCACUACAGGUGACAUGUAGGUGACAUCAUAGGUGACACACAGGUGACACGUAGGUGACGUCAUAGGUGACAUGUAGGUGACAUCAUAGGUGACAUCACAGGUGACACACAGGUGACAUCAUGGGUGACAUCACAGGUGACACACAGGUGACACAUAGGUGACGUCAUAGGUGACAUCAUAGGUGACACACAGGUGACACGUAGGUGACAUCAUGGGUGACACGUAGGUGACAUCAUAGGUGACACACAGGUGACACGUAGGUGACAUCAUGGGUGACACGUAGGUGACACGUAGGUGACAUCAAAGAUGCCAGGUAGAAGUGCAGCGUUAAAAAGAUGUACAAAAGAAAAAUGUCAUCUAUGUUUUCUAUUUCUAUUUUUCUACGCAUGUUUUGGUGUAAAUGAUUUUUCUGAUGUUGUAUUUUCCCGCCAUGAUGAAGUCAACCAAUCAGUGGCCAUCUUGUCAGUGAUGUCAUAGACAUGUUUCCUGUGGCAUGCUGGCUGUCUCCACCUGCACGCGCUCCUCAAGAAUUAUAAUCACCAUCAUCAGAUGACAGCUGUCAAUCAAACUUGUGUCUGUGUUUGUGUGAUGGAUGUUGCUGAGUGGCCCCACACCCACCUGCUGGCAAGUGAUUUUUGGUCUUAUUUUUAGGUGCUAGUUGUCUUUCUUUUAUGUUCUUUUUGUAUUUCAUUUAUAUUCUGUUUUGUAUUGUUUUUAUCUUAUUUUUUGUCUUAUUUUUGUUCCGUUUGUCUUUACUACUUAUGUUAUUUUUAACUUUAUUUUUUUAUGUUCUUUUUUGUUUAUUUUCAGGUCCUCUUAUUUUAUUUUCAAUUUUUUUUGUUCACUUUUAUGUUCCUUUUUUGAAUCUUCUUUUUUAUUAUUAUUAUUUUUGUUUUUCAUUUUGUUCUUUUUGUCUUAUGUUUUGUUUUCUUGCCUUUAUUUUUAUAUGAUGUUUGUUUUUUUUCAGGUUUCAUGUUCUUUUUUGUUUACUUUACAAUGUUUUUGUCUUCCUUUCUAUGUGUCCGUUCUUUAUGUUUAUGUUCUACUUGUGGACAUUCUUCUUGACAAUUAAAAUGACCUCUGACCUCUGCA